AUGCACCUCCUCAAGCGCCCGUCUUUCCAGCCCUUCUGGCGCCCUCUUAGACGCCCGUCCGAGCACAGCGCCUUCCAAUUACCUUAUCCCUACCUCAUCGGCCAUCCCCGCCCCGUGUUCAACACCGUCGUCCCACCCCUCCGCUCGUCGUACAAGCGGAAGGACCGACGGAAGGACCGACGUCAGACGCCACCAAGUUGCCCGUCCUGCGACCGACCCCUGCCUCCCUCUCGCGCGUUCCGCCACGGCUCCGAAUCGCAUUACCUUGGACGCGUAGUCGUCCCCUCCAAGGCCUCCGGCGUUGCACGCAUCCUUUCUCGCGGAGACGGACUUGAAUCGUCGUCGACACAGACGCAGACACAGACGCAGAUACAGACGCAGACGCAGACACAGACACAGACACAGACACGGUAUUUCUGGAUUUCGCUCAGCAGUCUCGUAGCCCGAGUCCACCGCACAGCGCACGCGAACGAUGAUGUCCCUUCCCUUCCUGCCCGAAUCGAGCCGGCGGGUCCGAGCCGGCGCCGCCACGUCGUGCAGCGUGCACGCAGGCUGCCCGGCAGGCUCGAGUAG